UCUGGCAAGUGUGGCAAAGUGCUUGGGAUGGUGGCCGUGUCCUGGUCAUUGCACGCCUUAUGCUAUCCACCCUUCCAGCUCCUGAAGAGUGAAGGCACCUUAGCGCCUAAUUCUGGAAAUGGGAUAUUGACCCCGAUGAGCUGACGCCCAACUUUGAGUUUGGAAGGAAGAAUCUGGCAAGAUCAAAGCUGCAGGAGAAUGGACAGUGAGGUACAGAGAGAUGGAAGGAUCUUGGAUUUGAUUGACGAUGCUUGGCGAGAAGACAAGCUGCCUUAUGAGGAUGUUGCAAUACCACUGAAUGAGCUUCCUGAACCUGAACAGGACAAUGGCGGCACCACAGAAUCUGUUAAAGAACAAGAAAUGAAGUGGACUGACUUGGCCUUACAGUACCUCCAUGAGAACGUUCCCCCCAUUGGAAACUGACGCCUGGCUCCUUGUUCAUCCACAGAUUUUUUUUAAAUACACAGAUACAAAAUGUUUUCUUUCAGCCUCCUAAUUUGAGUCUUUUAGUGUUAGAUCAACGCUCAAAAAUGUACAACUAAUUUUGUGGCCACAAAAUGCAGUGUGAAAAUACUCAACCCGAACCAGAAGCUGAUUGCGAUUUCUUGGGAUUGCAGAAUAUCUGGCCCUUUGAACCUAAAGUUCUUCAUUGACUAGCUAGUAUUUGAGCAUGAUUGAUUAAACAUUUGCCUUUAA